GCUUUGCUGAGCGCGAUGGAGAAGCGCGGCCGCGGCGGGAAGCCGGGCCCGAGCCAGACGCCGCAGCUGCCGCCUGCGACGCCGAAGCGAGAGCGGAAGCUCAGCAUGUUCGAGAAGGAGUCCUAUGCGCAGAUUUUGAGGGAGAGACUGAGAGAGUCAGUCCACGACGUCCAGUACGUGGAGCCUCCGUUCGAUGACUCCAUCGCGGACAUCGGCAAGGAGUGGAAGAGCGCCCUGGCCAAGCUGAAGUUCGCCAACUCCUACAGGAUGGAGCCGCUGAAGAAAUUCCAGGCGUACUCGGUGGAAACCAAAGUCCAGCAGAUGCUGAAGGAAAGUCUUAAAGACGUCAAAUACGACGAUAAAGUCUUCUCCCAUCUGUCGCUCGAGCUGGCCGACCGCAUCCUGUCAGCCGUCAAGGAAUUCGGGUUCCACCGUUAUAAGUUCAUCAUAAAAGUCUUAUUUAUUCAAAAGACUGGUCAGGCCAUAAACGUGGCCAGCAGGUGGAUCUGGGACGUGGCGUGGGACAGCUGGGUACAAGCCAAACACGAGACCGAGAGCUACGUGGCCUUGGUCCUGGUGUUCGCGCUUUACUGUGAAUAGGGAGCGUCUGGCAGCCUCUGGUGAGAGACUCUUGAAGUUUGAGUCCGUGAUCUGCAUGGCACUUUCAAUGAGUGAUAGUUUUAUCUCCAGCUGAAGUCUCUAAAUUGUUUUCUUUAAACAAGUAAAAGCCAGGUUUUUACCUUCACGCUUUCUAGUCGUGUUUA